AUGGAGACUACAAGCUUGGCCAAAGGCCAUCAGAGAACAGUGGUUCAGAACAGUAUAGUUGUACUUCUGAGUUCAAAGAUCUUUCUUAGCACUUCCAAACUAGGAUUCAGAAGUCCUCACGCUACCAGGUGGAAAACUCCCAGCUUUGCAGAAGGACCAGGGCAAGGAAAACACUCGGCAAGGGUGCUGGCUAUCACCACUGCUGGUCCCCCACCGACUUCACAGCCGAGACGCAGUGUCCCUGGCCACUCCAAACUCCUCCACUCUUCCGACCCUCCAGAUCCGGGUGGGCAACAGACUCCGGAGAGGUCACCUAGAAACUCUCUAGGGGGCGGGUGCGAACGCUGCCCCCGGGGUGCGUUGCAGGCGCGGGAGCCGCUCGCACUGCUCCCGCCGUGCCCAGCUCUCCUCGUGCCCCGCAAGUCCAAGUGCCGGAGUUCCCAGGGCCUCGGUCCGCUGCCGGGCGGCGGGAGCGCGGCGCCGGCCGAGUGGCCCCGCGGCCCACCCGGGCGGCAGCUCCUCCCCGCACAGCCCGCCUGGGCCGAGCGGGACCCACCCGCGGCUCAGCGGCUCCCCCAGCCCCGGGGCCGGCUGUGCCCCCCUCCUCCGCCGCGGGCCGCUCGCUCCGCCCGGGGGGAGACAAUGGGCACGAUGACUUCACCCUCCAGCAAUGUACGGACCAGCGGGGGACGCCGCCGACUUCCCCCCGGCCGCCGGGACACCCCCGGGCCGCGGCUCCCGGGCCCUCUCCCACCCGGGCUCGGGCCCCCGCCCAGAGGCGGCUCCGGCUCGGAGGCUCCGCUCCACCCCUCACCCGCCGCCACGCUCAGGGCGGCGGCCGCCGGCGGAGGCCCGAGCUGGGGGACGCCGCCACCGCCGGGCCCUUCGGCGCCGCCCGCCCCGCCGCCCACCCACCCCCGGUACCUGCGAGUCGGCGGGAGGAAGCGGCGCCACUCCGCCCGCCCGAGCACGGCGCCGCGUAGGAAGCGCCUUAGUCUGUGUGUGUGUGCCUGUAUCGGAGAGUUUAAUCAUUCAUACUAUCUCAUGUCAUCUCGGAAUUCUCUGGAACUGGAGUUAAUCCUGUGCUUACAACUGGUGGUUCUUCCAUUAAGCUGGAUUUGCAAUGUUAAAGGCUUGCAGCUCUCUCUCCGUCUUCCUGGUAAUGCUGAGAAAUGUACUCCUGGUCAGCACUUGCCAUCAUGUUAUGAACUCCAGAGCAUGAACUCCUCUGAAGCUGCCCAGUCAUUGCUCCAGAAAGUGCCUGCAGGGCCCCUUCUUUCAGUCAACAGCUUGUCAGAAAGCAUCAAUAGUAACACUGAAGGAGUUUGAUAUGUUACCUUCAUCCUUAUUAGCCAUUAUUGAUCCAAAGGAAGGAGAAGCAUAUUGUAUUGGAUGGAUACUGGGGCUCCUGAGCACAGACUGUCUAUAUUGAAACUGAUCGGAUAUUUGAGCUUUGAUAACUUUGUAGAUAAAGGUUCCAAGACAUUGUUAAAGAGAGGAUACAGCCUGUGGUGGAUACAAGCCUGAGAGUUCCUCCAGAAGUUGGUUACAGCAUGGUGCUAAUAACGCAAAGUUGCAGGUUCAAUCCCAGUAUGGGCUAUUUUUGUAAGAGCUGGACUUGAUGAUUGUUGUGGGUCCCUUCCAACUCAGAAUAUUCUGUGAUUCUGUGAUCUCCUCUAGGGAGAAUUCACAGUGAAGAAAAUGACAAACUUAAAGAUAAAAGCAUUCCAGCUCAUCUUCCAAAAACAAGACCACAUACCAAAAUGUUAUAAUCCACUCAUGCACAUUUUAAAAAGCUCAAGAUAAUUUCCAUCCAAAAGCUUGAGAAGAAUAAACCAUCCAUCUGGGCCUUAAAUAGUUACAAAGGUACAAAAUGUAUAAGAAUGUGAUAGGGUUGUUUUGCAAAUGAGAAAUUCUGAAACUUCAAAAGUUAAACAUCUUUAAUAAGACCACCUUCUCCAAUGCUGAACACUGGAUAAUCUAGAAAUACAAUUAAGAAACUCAAAUAUCUUGAACUCUGCCUUGCUCCUGACUGUAUCACAUCGAUUUUUUUUCUCUGGUGAAGACCCUGAGAUAACAGAAACGUGAAAGAAGGCCACAGGAGAGAACAACUGUGUGGAACAUCAGCCCCUGAUGACAAUUAUCACAGUGGCAGAGCUGACUGUGGAAAUGUAAGGUUCCAUGGCAGCUGGGUGCCUGACCCUGUCUUCAAGCUGUGAAAAGCUCAUGUGCUUAACUGUGGGGAUCAGACUUCUUAGGUCUAUUGCCACAAGCUUGUCAGAAAUACUGGUCUUAUUACUACAUGAUAAAACUAUUUUUUAAGGCUAAUAGUUUAACAACUAACACCCCUCUGGCAAAUUGUGCAUAACCUCUCACAUACAAUGUCUUUCUAAACCUGAAGAUUUAUUAAAAGAGAACAAGAACUGAAAAUAUCAGGGUGAUGGAAAGAAACUGAAACCCCUUUAACUCAGUCUGAAUGUGUCAGGCAGCACAUUUUCUGUCACCAGCCAUAGCAGGCAGAUCUGGGCAGGCCCCUUUUGUGGCCGUGCACUGAAUGCUGAGUGUAUAAACACAAGAUAAGAACGGCUCCAAACCCGGCCGGCUGCGUCACUGCCUGCUGCUGGCAUCUUUCACUUCCAGCAGGCAGAGGAGAGCAGAAGGGCAAAGGAUGGGAGCCCGCUACUAAGUGGGACUGUGAGGCUGGGACAGGGACCUGUAUUGAACUCUUGAAGACAAAAGGCUUUCCUGUACAUGAAGAGCAUUUUAAAAGCUCCCUCUCAUGGCCUGAGAGUUCACAGGCUUGGUAAACAGGCUUUGGUAAAGCUAUUUAAAAACUUUCCUUGCUUGAUUUGAACACAGUGGCCCUGUUCAGGAAAGUGAUAUUUUUCUCUGGAGAUACAUCCUGUCUUGGAUGUGGUGAAGCAUUUAUUGAGAAAAAGUUUUGUCAGGAGUCUAGCAGGGACAUCUUCCCCCUCCACACUUACCCUUUGCAGAGCUACUAUUCCAGGAUAGAGCAUGCUGUGUCAGGGAAAGCAGAGGAAGGCUAACAUUUUCUGUCCUGAAGUUUAGGGCACUUUUUCUAGAUGAAAGAGCUUCAGGCUACUAUUUGAUUACCUGACGGACAGCUAAACUUUUCUCAUGUCCUUUCAGAGAAACAAAAAACAAAAUUUAAAAAGGCCUUGGUGUUGACUUACUAAAACAAUUUAAAAAAUUCUAAAAUCUAAACUGUUUUUGUGGGGUGGCAUGAGCUUUUCAUUUCACAUCCCUCUCAACCAGUAAGUUUCAUAUCAGAAGCAAUAAGUUCAGUGGGACUGAACUCUCCCUCAGCAGCCUUUCCUCUUAGAAUUGGGGUCAUUUACAUUGGAAGACAUUGUGGGAAGUCAUGUUGUCCCUCCUUCCAUUAUAGGUUAGUCCAGCAAGAUCAGAUGGCUCAGUACCUUGUAAGUCAAGUUCUGAAUGUCUGCUGGGAUGGAAGUGACACAGCUUCUCUGGGCAGCCUGUUCUGGUGCUGAACUACCUUCAUGGUGAAAAUUAUUUUCCUGACAUUGGAAUGAAUUUCCUGUGCUGCAGUUUGUGCCCAUUGCCUUUUAUCCUGUCAGGGUGCACCACAUAGAAGAGUCUGACUCCAGUUACUGAGUAGUGAAGGGCAAAAACAUCUCCCUUGGCCUUCUCAUCAUGGGACUGGACCAAACCACCUCUGGCUGCCUCUUUUCAAACAUCACCAUCUGGGUGACCCUCUGCUGGUCUUCCUCCAGUUUGUCAGUGAACUUCUUCAACUGGGGAACCCCAGAAUGAACACAGUACUCCAGCUGGGGUUUCACAAGUGCAGAACACCAGAGCGGAAUGACUGCUUUUGACCUGUUGGCUAUACUCUUGCUAGCACACCCCAACACAUGGUUGGUCUUUGCCACAGUGGCAUAUUGCUGCCACACAUCUGGCUUGAGGCACACCGGGGAACCCAAGUCCUUUUCUAUAAAGUUGCUUCUUAGACAAUUGGUCUGAGAUGUUGCAUAAGCCUAUUCCAUCCCAUGUUCAGGACUUGGCAUUUGCCUUUAUUGAAUGUCAUGAAACUCCUGUCAGUCCAUUCCUCCCACUGUCAGGGUCCCUGUAAACAGCAGCCCUGCCCUCCAGCAUAUCAAACACAUCCCUGCAAUUUGAUAUUAUCCACAAGUUCUACUUGUUAGUACACAACUAAAAAGUGUUGGCUCCUGUACCGGUCCCCGGGGGACACCUGCCACCAGAUGGAUUUUGUAGUGCUGAUUCCAACCUUUUGAAUCAGGCAGUCCAGACAAUUUUCCAUCCAUUGUAUUGCCACUUCCCCAGUCCAUAUCUGAGCUUUUUACAAAGACAUAGUGAAAAUUUUGGAUGUCUGUAAGAUGUUUGAGAGUUGCA